CUUGUAGCGCUCAGCAAGUGUUACAAAGUCAUAAACCCUUUGCCUGUCUCUCUUCAUUUCUAAAACCCUAACCUCCUUCCCUUCUCCCGAACUCGUAUCUUUACUGUUAUACAGAAACAAGUGUUUAGAGAAAAUGAUGAACACCGUCUUAAAGCGUACAGCUUCCUUAGCCUCCAGGCGGAUCCUCACGGCGUCCGUUCAAACUCUUCUUCACCACUUCCACUCAACAGCAGCAGCAGCAGCAGCAGCCAGCACCAGAAAUUCUGAGACUCUUUCCAUUAACCGAUUCAAACCCUUUUCCAGCUUUCCUGGGCCCACCGCGAGGAACUUCCACGCCAAGUCAGGGCCGUUGAAUUUCAGGGCAUCGCCGAGCUGGCAGGCGGAGUAUGCCGUCGAGGAUUAUGAGGAUGAUAAGGGAGGUGAUGGGCUUGACAUCUCUAACCUAGGGAUUGCUCCGGAGAUUGUUUCUGCUUUGAAAAAUAAGGGUAUUACCAAAUUAUUUCCUAUCCAGAGAGCGGUGUUGGAACCGGCAAUGCAAGGAAGGGAUAUGAUUGGACGGGCUAAGACAGGGACAGGCAAAACACUUGCCUUUGGGAUGCCUAUCAUGGACAAAAUCAUUCGAUACAAUGCUCAACAUGGACGUGGUAGAAACCCCUUGUGCUUGGUUUUGGCACCAACAAGAGAACUUGCUAAACAAGUUGAGAAGGAAUUUCACGAGUCUGCCCCUAACUUGGAUACAAUAUGUGUUUAUGGGGGUACACCCAUUUCUCGCCAAAUGAGGCAACUUGACUUUGGUGUUGAUAUAGCUGUUGGUACACCUGGCCGCAUUAUUGAUCUGCUCAAGAGAGGUGCUCUUAAUUUAAGUGAGGUCCAAUUUCUUGUUCUUGAUGAAGCUGAUCAGAUGCUUCAUGUUGGAUUUGUUGAGGAAGUUGAAACCAUACUGGAGAGGUUGCCUGAGAAUCGUCAAAGCAUGAUGUUUUCAGCUACAAUGCCUAAUUGGAUCAAAAGACUUACCCAGAAGCACUUAAAAAAUCCAUUAACAAUUGAUCUGGUUGGUGAGUCUGAUCAGAAGUUGGCAGAAGGAAUUUCCUUGUAUUCAAUUGCAGCAGAUAUGCAUGGAAAAGCAUCAAUCCUUGGUCCUCUAAUAACAGAACAUGCAAAAGGAGGAAAGUGUAUUGUUUUCACUCAAACAAAGCGUGAUGCUGAUCGGCUGGCAUAUGCCAUGGCAAGGAACUUUAGAUGUGAGGCUUUGCAUGGUGAUAUCUCACAAAGUCAGAGGGAGAGAACUCUCUCAGGCUUCCGAGAUGGGCAUUUUAAUAUUUUAGUUGCAACUGAUGUUGCUGCUCGUGGCCUUGAUAUACCUAGUGUUGAUCUGGUAAUACAUUAUGAGCUUCCAAACACAUCUGAAACUUUUGUUCAUCGAACUGGCCGAACUGGUCGUGCUGGAAGGAAAGGAAGUGCAAUUCUUAUUUACACUCGAGAGCAGAGUAGGGCUGUUAGGGUUAUUGAGCGAGAAGUAGGAUGCAGAUUUUCUGAGCUUCCUAAGAUUGAGGUUGAGGGCGGGAGCACUGACACGUUCAAUGAGAUGGGUGCUGGUAGUCGCUUUGGGUCAUUUGGAGGUACGCGAGAUCGUAGAUAUGGUGAUAUGGGUUUUGGUCGUUCUGGUAGGCAAGAGGAAUAUGGAUUUGGCCGUCUUGGAGGCAAUAGGAGUCCUGGAUUUGGUCGUAGUGGUGGUCAGUUUGCUGGUGAGAUGGGGAGCUAUGGAGGUUCUAGCUCUAGUCGCUUUGGUUCUAAUAACCGGUCUGGAAACUUUAGUGGUCCUGCAUUCAGCCGUCCAGGUGGAUUUGGGGAGUUUGGCAAAGCAGAUCGUUCUAGCAGCUUUGGUAGCUUUGGUCCUAGACGUACUAGUGGAUUUGGAGAUUUUGGUUCAAGCAAUACAGGUGGAUUUGAUGACAAUCGUUCAGGCCAAAGCAGUGGGAGCUAUGGUAACAAUGAUCAGAGCACUGGAAGAAGAACCUUUUAAAUUCUUUUGAGAAGUGGAAAACUGCUGCUGCAUAGAAUGUUAAGUUAAUGGGCUAGUGUAUUCAACUGAGUAUAUUUGUUUUGGAUUUUCUUGGAUCCGAAAGGGAAAGUGUAAUGGGAAUCGAGUAAUACUUUUAGAUGUAUCUACUCACUUGAGCAGCAAUGGUUAUUCUUCAUUUCCUUAAAUAUUCCUUUUGUUUUGGUCAAUCAUAUAGAAGUUUUGGAGAUAUCAUGUUGUAAUCUUUUGGAGAGUUUCGAUAAACUGGGUUCAACAGUGCUCAUCCAAACUUGUAGCUCGUGGAAGAGCUUGUGAUGAAUACACAUUAAAUGAAUAUUCCUAGCUGAUAAUAUUGAAAUAA